AAAACAGUAGGAAAACGGUCAGUUAACGCUCCGAAGUCAUAGAAAGAAGACUAACGUGGAAAAAUGAAUAACGUUAAUAAUGUUAAUAUCAACGUCCAGUGCGAAUGCUACCAUCGUCGGGGCCUUCUCUACUACGCGAACCCUUGGGCUUGGGGUCGUCCUUGCCGCAGAUGUCGUCGCAUGAUGUCCAGAAACAACAUUGUGGUGUCCGUGCCAGCAAACCAGAUGGCUGUGCCCGUGCAGACCACCACCACCACAGUGAUGCCUGCCCAGUGUGCAACCCACUGGCAGGAGCCACAGACUAUGUCCGCUCUGCCGCCCAAGUACGAUCAGGCUGUGGCAGCUCACUAAACGACAACCUAUGGAUCUUUUAUGAAACUUAAUAAAAACCAAAAUAAAAUUCAAUCAAGAACAUUGCAAAACUGCAUUAGUGAUCAAUUUGGAUGUUUUAAACAUAAGACGAAUCUUAUUCAUAAGAGCUGUUAUACGGUUAUUAUUUACCCAAAAUACAAAAUAUCGCUUGACAGUGUGACACUGGGCGAAAAUCUCAGCUGA